UCGAAAAUGUCCUGCACUGUCCCGUCCCUCUUUGCACUACUGUUUGCCCAGUCCUUGGUGCCAUACCUUGCAACUACAGCGAUAGAAUUUCCGCGAAACAAAUGUGAGAUAAAACUUUAAAAUCGACGUGCGUGUUUUGUGCCCUGAGAUGGGGCUGCACGCAGUCUGGCGUUUUUCCUGCAUGGUGCCGCAAGGGACGGACCGCAAUGUGAUACGGAGGACUAGAAACACGACUGUUUAUCUUUUGCUUUGUCAUGCUUGGUUUUGUAAUAACUCCUCAUUUCAAAUAUUCACAUAAAUUGUACUACUUACAACACUGACACAUCAAAUAGUUUUCUAAAUUUUGAUUUCGGGAAGUUUAUUCUUUAUUUUUUAAUCGACUGAAACAUUGAAAAUGUUCCCCGUCUCUUUUCUUGUGGUUUAGCAUGCUAUAUUAUUAUAUUUUGGCUAGCUAGAAAUUCAAGUAGAUACGGUGAAUCAAAUCUACAAAACAUUGAAAAACUAAUAAAACAUUACAAAAACAGGAAACGCAGUCUUACAACAUUAAACUAGGUUCCUAGAUAAAUACUCAAAGAGCACGCUUCUACUUAAACGUCUAAUAUCAUGUAACAUAAAUGCAAAAUUCUGAACUGUUUGUUAAGUACGGUAACAUUUAAGGUAGCAGGCUGACGCCGGAGGUUGCCGGACAGGUUGCUGGGUGUGGCAGGUUACUUGGGCGUAACACAUUUUUUUCCGUAAUAGUUGCCCUUUAAACUUCAUGCUUGCUGUUCAAAUGACACAAAGGAGUGAAAGGAGGAAGUUCUGCUCAAAGGGAACCCAAGAUGGAUUUUGAUUUGUCUUCAGCUGUGUCUAAAGAUGAACAGGUUAGACGUGAGUCUGGCCAAGAAGUAAAUGCAUUUCUUGGAUUUGGGAAAAAAGACAAAGAAAAGACUAAGGACCAUAGCAAAGAACACAAGAAAGGUGAGAAAAAGGAGGGUGGUGAAUGUCAUAAGAAGAAAAAGGACAAGAGACAUAAGAAAGAUGGACACGAGUCUGAUUCCUCCUCAUCAUCCUCCAGCGAUGGAGGAAAGGAGAAAAAGAAAGAGAAGAAAAAGAAGGACAAACACUAGUAACUGUACUAACAAGAGUAACUGGGCAGAGCAGAUUCUCUAAAUGCCAUUCAUGUGUUAGUCAUCACUGCUCUUUACCAUUUAUACCGUAAACUGCUGUAGCCGGGUAUGAACCUUGUUGAAAACUUCUGUCCGUUCAGGUGAUCAUAUAAUUUUGAUUUCUGCUUACAGCCACCACCUUAGAAUAUAUACACGUCUCUACUAAUCAUUCCACCACCUAUGAGAAUAGAGAGUUCUGUUAGACACAGCUUUCUGCAAGGGUCCAAAGGAAAUCACACGGGGCCACUUCUGGUAAUUGGGACUGACAGAGUAAUUGAAGGGAAGUUAUAUUUGAAGACUAUGUACCUCGAUGUGAAGACUAUGUACUGUCGAUUCCCUGUCGCCAGUGUAGAUUGUAUGCUGUCUAUCAAUGAAGAAUGAUGUCAGCAGUUGUAAUGGCUGUGAAAGCUGUAGUCGUCUUCAGUACAAUUUACUUAUUUUUUUGGUAUUACUACUUUCACACUAUUAUCAGUUUUAGAUUGAAUUGCUGCAAUAAACAAGUCAAAGGAACUUUCUUGGUUUGGUGACUAGGAAAAAGUUCAUUGCUGUCCGAUUAUAGAGUAUAUAUGGAGGACAGAAGACAUAUCAACCAAUAUCGCACCUGGUGAAGGUCACCAAAACAAGUUGCAACUCCCUGUAAGCUAAUUAGAUUACUAAUUGGAAGAUUGAUUGGCUGAAGAGUCCUCGCACCUGAGUUUAUACAGCUGACCUAACGGUUACCCCAAAAACCUGAAUACACACCGGCCACCCCUGACCUAAGCAUUCAUACAACGAAAAAGAAAAUUGUUUCCAGAAGAGGGCAGAGUUCCCCAAUUUUUUAUUCAGCGUCACGAGUUGCCAAGCAACAGGCCCGACACAGUAUUACAAAUAGAAGGCUAAAUCCAAGAGUGCACGCUAACUAAUGAAAAUCCCUAAGCGGAGAAAGAGCGCACACUGUAUACCGAGCAAUGCCGCCACGGCCAAUGUCGUGUAAAGUGACUUUAACUAUUCGACAUAGAUUAUUAGAGGAAGCGUCAACGUAAAUAAAAGAAAAAAGAAGAAUGUCGAAAAAAACUGCCGUUAAAAUGUCCAACAAACAAAUGAUAAGGACUCCCGAUAAUUAAGUUUCAUUACGAUUUAAAUUGAAGCAAGCGUGAUACUCUUUUUCUGUCAGUACAAUUCGGUAGUUUUAAGUGGACAUUAACUGUACUAACUAGCAACUCGUGGAUUUAAGUGCAACUGAUUUAAUUGUGUUUUUGAAAUAUAAAUAUACACUGUUAUCCCUCUAAAACGGCUUUCCGCGCUAAGAAUGAUGAAAUUCCUCAGCUGUGAUUUAUGGAUUCCUUGGGUUGUACUACUUUGUAUGGAAGGUGUGAAACCACUGGAGGUGACAGUAAGUCAGGCGGAUGUCCGUGUGGCAAGGGGACAAACAGCCACUUUGUCCUGCACCUUCACAACUAGUGCAGCCCUAACCAACCUCAACAUCAUCUGGAUGGUUAUACCACUGUCCAAUGCCAACCAGCCAGAGCAGGUUAUCAUCUACCAGGGUGGACAGGUAUUCAGUUUAGCCAACCAGCUAAGUGGUCGUGUGGGUUUUGUCGCCAGUAUGCCUAGCACAAGUGCCUCUAUCUUCAUCAACAACACACAGCUCUCUGACACAGGGACGUACCAGUGCCUGGUGAACAACCUCCCUGACAGAGGAGGUCGCAACAUCGGGGUGAUUGGGCUCACUGUCCUGGUGCCGCCCUCCAUUCCCCAUUGCCGCGUCCAGGGCAGCCUAGAUGUGGGAAGUGACAUUGUGCUAAUGUGUGGGUCAGAAGAAGGGAUCCCCACGCCGACGUAUGCGUGGGAGAAGCUGGAGUCUGUGCCCAAGCUGCCCAGCUCUGCUAUGCAAGACCAGAUACAUGGAACAGUUUCCAUGCGGAACAUCAGCACGAGCAACUCGGGUCUGUACCAGUGCACUGCCUCCAACGCCAUUGGGAAGAGCACUUGUCUGCUGAAUUUGCAGGUGGUGGCCUCUCUGUCGGCGAAUGUCGGCCUUAUUGCUGGUACUAUUGCAACGAGUUUGCUAGCCGUCCUGAUAUGCUGCUUCUUGGUGGUGGUCACUCUCGUCUGUAUGAAGAAAAAGAGUAAAUAUGAAGAAGAAGAGAUCGCCAAUGAAAUCAGGCUGCUGGAAGAUGAGUGUGUAUGUGGGGGUGGCAUACAACAGGUUCAGGGUCCUGUUCUCUCUAGUUGCACUGUCCACAAACUGGAAAAAGUUGGUGAGAGUGGAGGAGUGGUCUGUGGACGCUGUGGGGUAUUAUACAGGGAAGAUGACCUCCCACCCAAGCGGUCCUCAUCAGUAAAGGCAUUCCAAGCUGAUGCCUCAUCAUCAGAGAACGACACCCUAACGUCAACCAACACCUACAACAGCCGCUACUGGCACAAUCCCAGGCCUAAAUACAGCACAAACUCAUACACGCGAUACACCGGCGAUUCGAACCAGAACUUCUCAUCCAGCCCCCCCACCUGCACUAACGGCAGCCAUACUCUUCCUCCACCCAAGACUCUGGUAGUUACCUCUAACUUGGCACCCUCCCCUUCCGCUACAAUGCACAGAAAUGGCUCCGUCAACCCGAAGCAGGGCCUGGCCCAUGGCAAGCCUACUCACUCGCUCGCUGUAGGCCAGGCCACACUGGAGCGCAUGGGCGCCGUCCCCGUCAUGCUUCCGGCACAAAGCAGGGCUGGCUCUUUGGUCUGAAACAGCCCCUCUGCUCUCUGUUUAGAACUGAAUUUUAGAACUUAGAAGCUUGUCUCAUGCCGACGAUUUUUUUAAAGCAAAACUUUCUGAUUUUGAAUGUUUUGUUUACAUUUUUUUUCAAUGGUAUAAAUGUUUGCUGCCACAAGAUGGACAAUAUAGCUGUCAGUUUAAGUAAACAGAGCAUUGAAAGCCUAGUUAGAGAGUAACUUUAAAGGUUCAGAACUUCAUAUUAUAACUUUAGAUACAAUGUAUUUAGAUUACGUUAUAGUAAACUCAGAAUGUCUAUGUACUGUGCAUCUAUCCAUCCAACUCCACCCCCCACUGUGCCUGUGUCGCGAGGAGGGGGGAGCGAGGGGGGGUUUGAGCUUAACCCAGGUAGCCAGUAGUGGGAUGCCAGCUUUUGCUGUGCAGUUCCAAUUAUAAUAAUUAUCAUGGAAAAGCACAUUUUUCAAUUCCCUCCAGAGGUCUUAAAUACACAUUUUAAAUUCCUAAGAUGAAAAUUCCCUUAGGAAAUGAAAGGCGUGAUCCUGUGAUGUGUUUAUUUGCUGUAAAUAAUGCAUAUUUUAUUAUAAAAUAUUUUUAAAUGCAAAAUGGUAGAUGGUGGUGCAUUUAGGUGCUGAAGGCUAGCAUAUAAUGCUGAGGUAACACCUCUGUAGAUACCUGCAAACAUUUUAAUCGCUGUAGCUGCAGUACUCAGGUUCUCAGGAGAGACAAAUUCCUGCCAUUACACACGUUAGAAUUAUUUGGUUUCACGCUACAGGAAAUGUCAGUAAUGUCAUUCUUUUGAUCAUAAAAUGGUUCUUAUACUUCAUUCACUUACAAAUGUUCCAACUGUCAAGCUUUACAACAUAUAGUAGUUAUAUAAAGUAUUAUUUAGACAAAUCUAAUAUAUUUUAUACAUUGUUAUUUUUUUUAGAUUUAAAGCCACAUUAAAACAAUACUUGGAUAAAACAAUACAUUUUAGUAAAUUAUUCCAUGUGAAAACCCUGAACCAAAGCCCUUCACUGUCUUUUUUAUCGAUACUUUAUUGAUCCCCGUAGGGAAAUUGUCUUUACGCCUCCCACAACUUGCUCUUUUUUCAUAGAGUAAGCUGUCUGCGAAGGGCUGUCUUGCAACAUGCCUUGUUUUCUUAUUGUCAAUGGCUUUUGCAUAAGCACAAAAAGUAAAGGUCAUCCUCAUGUUCACCCUAAACUAUAGAUGUUAAUGUCACAUCAUUUAAACUGUGAUUAUUUUACCGAUAAAAUCUCUUUUUAUAGCAUGAUAAUAGAAAUGCAUAAUAAGGCCACUUUUCAUUUAAAAACAGCACAAUUUGUGUUAAUGAUCAGUUUUAUUAAUGAUUAAAUAAAUAAAUGUUAAAGAAAUCAAUACAUUCACACUGGGUUUUUUCUGCAGUUCUUUGAGAUGCAUUUUAGAUGUACUAAACAUUCUAAAUUUAAUUAUUAACACGUUAAAGUGGUUAUUCCUGUAAUAUUUCUUUUUACUUGUUAUUGUGACAUGUAAUAUAAAUAUAUACAUAUGAAUGGAUUGUAUACCUUAUACAUUAUGAUUGUGCCUUAAGCCUCUACAGUAACCAUAAUGUCAAUUUGGCAAUAGAAAUCAUUUUGGCAUUGUAUUAAAAAUUGUAUUGCUUCUUUCCUGUCUUUAUUAAACCCUUUGCUUUGUGUUUUCCCUUCAUCAGUUUAUAAAACGGAUCAUUUACAGACAUGCAGUGAGGUUCUGUCAGAUGCCCAUUUAAGAUUUAGCAAUAUUUACUGUUAAAGAAGUCAGGGAAUGCAAUUCAAUGAACGUGUGUGAAGUGACCUAUUGGUUUUCUUGAGAAGAUUUGUCCUAAAACCUGUAUGCCAACUGAAUCUACAGAAUAUGUUUGAAAAUGUUGUGCCAGUAAAGAUCUACUUUUUGAAAUAUUUAGAUUUUA